AUGAUCCUCAACGGCCCUAGCGGAGCCUAUACACCAGGAAGCCGUUCCUUUCCCGAGGAUAUGAUGGAAGAAUCAGAUCAGGAUAUGUCAGAUGGAGGAGCGCCUUUGACAACGAUACCCUCACACGCAGAACAACUCAACGCUGCAAUGGAAGCAGUAGGUUCCGGGAUAAUGGGCCAGUAUAUUCUGGGAGGAACGCACCAUCAUCUUCAAAUUCAAUCUUUACCCAAUUCUUUCUCUACACAAACAUCCUUGGGUGAAUUGGAUGUUCCAACAGGGGUAGGGGGUAACUCAUUCCCGUAUGAGGGAGAUACACCUUUACCUUUACUCGAAGUCAAUAAUACUACGGAUUUACCGGCUGUAAUGUCGGAAGUUUCACAACAACUACAACAUAUUCAGGAUGGGCAGGAACAUGGUGAUUUUGAGUCGGCCCCGGAUGAACACUAUGAUACGUUCAUAAAUCACAAUCAGAGUACAUUACCCCCUGCUUCAUUUGUUAAUGAUUUCCUUAUGCCAGAUCCUCCUCUUCUAGUAGAAGGGGAUUUAGCACUCCUAGAUGAGGAGACACCAAUUAUUUUAUCCGCUGGGCCAGAAUCAAAUGGCCAGGGGCCUGAUGUUAAUCAAGGUCUUGAAUAUGUUAUUGACCCUGACAUUGACUAUGAUGCUGACCAUGACGUUGACACUGAUGCUGAUGCUGACGUAGCUCAAGUUGACAGCCAGCUCAACAUGAAUCUCGGCGACUUUCUUAGCGACUGGGCAACAACUGUACCCCGCAGAGUCCCAGGGCAUUCCAAAAAGGGGGUUCCCUCGCAAGCUGCUAUCACUAGUCAUAUUCUUGCCCGAGAUCUUAUGCCCAUGCGAAGGUGUGACCUUCAAGGCGAUGACUGUGAUAUACAGAGAAUCGAUUGGAAAGACUUAGGUGUGACACGACUGGAAGCCAGGCAAAGGCGUCGGGCUACCUAUAAGAAUUAUACCAACCUCAUAUACCCCAACCGCCCACAGCUUUAUCCGCGACAGUUAGGUUUGAGACUUGCAAACUGCGAUAACUACUUCAAAUUUCGGCGAAUGGAUUUUCAACAUGACGUUCACAUCCGUCAUUUUCAAUUGCGCAACCUAAUUAGCUGCCUUUCGCAAAACUGUGUAACAUACGCUGCAAAAACAAAGGUCUUGCAUUAUGACCCCACCAUUGGAUCCAUUCCCCGUAUGCUGAUGGAUCUGGGAAAUCCAAGGCUAUCGGCAUUUCAUACCAUCUCCAAUGCAUGCCAAAUCUCUACUCUGACCAGUGGCCACGAGCUUGUUGUUGCGGGUGGAUUUGAGGGGCAAUACGCUCUGAUUAGUACUAGGGCCCAUAAGGAUGCAAAACACGUUGAAGGCUUAAUCACAGAACAUCCCAACGACAUAACAAACCAUGCCCAAGUUCAUCUUUCGAGAUCUUCGUCACCUUUAGUUACUUUUGCUUCAAACGACACGGGCGUUAGAACUCUUGAUGUUACUACUAAUAAGUUCAUCUCAGAUCACUAUUAUGAUCAUGCUAUGAACUGCACAGCCGUAUCACCCGAUCGACGUCUACGUGUAUUGGUCGGCGAUACUCGCAGAGUUAUGAUCUGCAAUUCCGAAACAGGCCAAGUUUUACAAGAACUCGAGGGUCAUCUUGACUUUGGAUUCGCCUGUGACUGGUCUGAGGACGGAUGGACGGUAGCCACUGGAAACCAGGACAUGCAAGUGAAGAUUUGGGAUGCUCGGUAUUGGAAUCGACCCGUAGCAAGUAUUGCUGCAGAUAUGGCUGGCGUCAGGAAACUUAAGUUUUCUCCCUUGGGUACUGGUAGGCCGAUUUUGGUCGCGGCAGAACCAGCGGAUUAUGUCAAUAUUAUAGAUGCUGAAACCUUCGACAGUAAACAGACUCUCAGCUUCUUAGGGGAGAUUGGAGGCUUCGACUUCACCAAUGAUGGUCAAGACUUGAUUGUUGCAAAUUGCGAUACCUUGAGGGGUGGAAUCAUGGAAUUCGAACGUUGCGAUUUUGCGACCGAAGGUCUUUGUGGGAAAGAUGAACAAAUUCGAUUUAUGAUGUCGGGGAAGAAACGAGAGUUUGGCAAUACCAGUAUGGCCGACGACAUAUUGGAGGAGCCACCAGAACUACGAGGGACUACGAAGCGCCGAGAGAGAAGAGCAGCUCUUUUAACAGAUUUAGGGCUAUUUUAA